AUGUCGAGGCCGCAAGCGAGGAGCUCGAGCUACAGGAAGAAAGCGGCGGCGGGGGCGUCGUCUCACCACCACAACCACGGCAGCAAGGCGCACUACGUCCAUGGCGGGAGACCUGCACCAAGGUGGCCUGCCAGGGUAAUGGACGGGUUCAGGAAGAUGCUGGUGGGCCUGUUCGCCUUCCCGCCGCGGCCGCCCAAGGUCACCUUCUCCGCCAACGGCAGGGGCGGUGGCGAGGACGCGGUGGCUCCCAAGAGGCCGUCGUGCAGCAGCUCCAACCUGCAGCCGGUGAACAACGCACACUACGACGAGGCCAUCUCCGACUGCGUCGAGUUCUUCCACCGCUCCGCCAGGGUGGACGUCAGGUCACGGCCGUCCUCGUCGUCCCACUUCUAA